AAACACCAAGACGUUCAAGAAACUUUGCACAAAUUGAAUAUACUGUGCGGUAAUCCUGCUGCUUGCAUCAGUAGAGGGCAGCCUUCCCUUCCACGAACCAACCAGAUGAUUCUAGAGGUUCUGGAGCGCCACAUUAAAUGUGUUUAUGUGACUCCAAGUGCUUUAAAUAUUCUUCCAAAAUUCUUCCAAGGCAGGGCUGGAGCCCCAGAACACAUAGAACUAGAAUAGAAUAGAUUUGUGAAGGACUGCACUAGAGAUAAACGAGAUUAUUGGAUUGACUUGACAGAUUAUAGCUCGCCGACUUCCUCGAGGCUUCAUGAGAAAACCACAUCAGUCGGAAAUAUAAAGCCAUGCUGACCAGCUUUAUGGAAGGUCUUCUCUGCUGCCUUACCUCAAAGUCAACUAACGUCGUGGUUCCUGCCGAGCCCUCCGGACCCACCGACGGUUACGAGUUCGUCGAGGUGAAACCAGGCCGGGUCAUUCGUGUUCGACAUAUAAUCCCCGAGAGGUCUCUGGUGGAGCAACCCACGGGGCAGGGCGGGUGUGUCAGCUGCAAAAGAAGGAUCUCAGUCUACUGUAAUGGUCAGCUGUUCAUCGAGAACUUGGGCGACAGGGCGGACGCAGAGCUGAAAACUUGCCAGAAUGGAGAGACCGAGCCAAACAGCACCGUAGAGGUUGAACUGACAGGCUGCGGCAAGUCGUCACCGCCCGUUAACGUCCCUGAUGCCGGGCCGGACUCGGUCACGGCAGGAAAAGUUUUGACAUCGGAGACGGCACCAGGAGGAGAUGCGCCUGCCGCUCUGCAGGCUGAAGCGUCACAGAACCGACGCAGGCGGAAGCCUAAGCGUACUGUGGUGAUCGACUGUGAGAGGAAAAUAACAGCUUGUAAAGAGACGCAUCCGGACGUGGCUCUGUUCUUCAUCCACGGCGUGGGAGGCUCUCUGGACAUCUGGAAGAGCCAGUUGGACUUCUUCUCACGUCUGGGCUAUGAGGUGAUUGCCCUGGACCUUGCAGGUCAUGGGUCCAGCUCAGCACCUCUUAUACCUGCAGCAUACACGUUUUACGCACUGGCAGAGGACAUACGACUCAUCUUCAGGAGAUAUGCACGCAAGAGGAAUGUUCUCAUUGGACAUUCUUAUGGGGUGUCGUUCUGUACCUUCCUGGCCCACGAGUAUCCAGAACAGAUCCACAAGAUGGUGAUGAUCAAUGGAGGUGGUCCCACAGCUCUGGAGCCCAGCCUGUGCUCCGUCUUCAACUUGCCUACAUGUGUACUCCACUGCCUCUCUCCACUGCUCACCUGGAGUUUUCUCAAGGCAGGUUUUGCUCGUCAGGGUGCAAAGGAGAAGCGACUGCUGAAAGAAAACAAUGCCUUCAACGUGUCAGCUUUUGUGCUGCGUGCCAUGAUGAGUGGGCAGUACUGGCCUGAGGGGGAUGAGGUCUACCAUUCUGAGCUCACAGUGCCCAUCCUGCUGGUUCAUGGAAUGCAUGACAGGUUUGUCCCUGUUGAAGAGGACCAAAGAAUGGCAGAGAUCCUCCUCAUCGCCUUCCUAAAGGUCCUGGAGGACGGCAGUCACAUGGUCAUGAUGGAAUGUCCAGAGGCUGUCAACACGCUCCUGCAUGAGUUCUUCCUCUGGGAACCUGCAACCCCUGUACCGUCAAAAUCCAAAACCCGCCCAGAGACUGCCAAGGCCCAAACAGACAACACCAAGGCUGCAGCGGACCCCGCCAAAGUUCGACCUGCUACGGCCCGGCAGGCCCCAUCAAACAGCGACGCAGCCACCGGGUCAGACAGAAGAGACAAAAAAUGAGGGACGUGACAUGAAUUCAAGUUGAAGUUUGUUUCAUUUGAGCCUCAUGAACUGAGUUGGCUUGAGUUUAAAAUAUCCAGUUUAUUAGAAACGGGCUGGUUCAAGGUCCCCGAAGGUGGGGCACAGUCGGGACACGUGUCAAAUCAAACGGAAUAUGAGAAGGAUAGGGUGCUUCAGUCAUGGUAGCGUUAGAUGAUUUGGUGGUGCCUUGAGUUGGUGCACGCUCAUUUUGGCAAUGCUUAUUACACUUAGAACACUUUGGUCAUUCUUCUUCAUCUUGAGGAUGACAGUAUGUGUAGACUACCAUGUUAAUACUGACUCUCAGCUAUUUACAUCAGAAAAAUGGCAAAAACUGUGGCUCAGCACUGACCUGUGACCUUACACAGCGCACAUAGCUUGAGUAAAAUGCAAAUGCAAUAUUUUUGUACCACAUGCAUGUAACAGUAUCCUUCUAUGUAGCUUAAAAUGUCCACGACAGCACACAUUAGACUGAAAUGCACUGUAUUUCCUGCAAGACGUUUGUACACACAGCUUUUAAAUACAUGUCAUCAAAUACAAACACAUAGAGGCAGGUGUCAGUCAAUGCCAGAUUUUUUUUUGUAUUUCGUAUUGUUUAAUUAAGAGACUGUUUUUAUAUGAUCAUUUUUAUACAUGGCAUCUGUACUUGUGAUGGAUAUUAAAUCUUCUAUUGUUUCAUCUUUCAUUGUUCCACUGAGGGCUGUGUUCUACAAAAAAGGCCACAAGGG